AUGGACACUGAUAAUAGUGGGCCAAUCACAUUUGACGAACUUAAAGCUGGUUUAAGAAAAUAUGGAUCCACCUUAAAGGAUACUGAGAUACGUGAUCUGAUGGAUGCGGCUGAUGUAGACAAUAGUAGAACCAUUGACUAUGGAGAAUUUGUUGCAGCAACAAUUCACGUAAACAAACUAGAACGCGAGGAACACCUUUGGGCAGCAUUCCAAUAUUUUGACAAGGAUGGAAGUGGUUAUAUUACGGUUGAUGAACUCCAGCAAGCUUGUGUAGAACAUGGCAUGACAAAUGUCCCCCUUGAAGAUAUUAUCAAAGAAGUUGAUCAAGAUAAUGAUGGAAGGAUAGAUUAUGGAGAAUUUGUUGCUAUGAUGCAAAAGGGCAAUGGUGGUAUUGGUAGACGAACUAUGCGAAACAGCCUGAAUAUAAGCAUGCGAGAUGCUCCAGGAGCUCUUUAG